CUUCAACCGGAUCAAAAGGCAGUGAUGGCGGAGGUGGACGAGACCGAGAUUAUGAUGAACUACCAGGAAGACUUCUUGAAAGGCGACAACAAAAACAGCCGCUACCCGUACUGCAUCGUCUGGACACCUAUUCCCAUUUUAUCGUGGGUGCUCCCCUUCAUUGGUCACAUGGGUAUAUGCACCUCUUCUGGAAUCAUACGAGAUUUUGCAGGGUCAUAUUUUGUAUCGGAAGACAACAUGGGCUUUGGUAGACCAACCAAGUAUUGGAAGCUUGAUGUGGACAAAGUCUGUGGCAACGGGGCUGCCACAUGGGACAAAGCAGUGCAUGAUGCCUCUGAGGAGUACAAAUGUAGGCCGCACAAUCUGUGCUUAGAUAACUGCCAUUCCCACGUUGCCAUGGCCCUCAACCUUAUGCACUACGACAACAGCACCUCUUGGAACAUGGGCAACCUUUGUGCGCUGUCUCUUGUUCGUGGAAAACAUGUGAACUGGGCUGCGUUCCUCAGGACCUGGCUCCCCUUCUUCAUGCUCUGCGGAUUCCUCGGCACCUUCAUCCUGACGUUCAACCUCAAGUAGUGGAGUGAGAGGUUCCACGGGGAUGGCUCAUAGACUUUGGUUGUACUUUAUAUAGUAUUAUUGUCUGUUGACGUGAAUGAUUCAAUUCAAUUCAAUUCAGUUUAUUUGUAUAGCCCAAUUUCACAAAUUACAAAUUUGUCUCGGAGUGCUUUACAAUCUGUACACAUAGACAUCCCUGCCCCAAAACCUCACAUCGGACCAGGAAAAACUCCCAAAUAACCCUUCAGGGGGAAAAAAAGGGAAGAAACCUGGAGGAGAGCAACAGAGGAGGAUCCCUCUCCUAGGAUGGACAGAUGCAAUAGAUGUAAUGUGUACAGAAGGACAGAUUUAGAGUUAAAAUACAUUCAAUGAAUAUGACAGAGUGUAUGAAUAGUUCAUAGUAGGCAUAUUCCACGAUGGAGACCUCCACGAUCCAUCAGGCAGAUGGCGGUGGGGAGGAGGAGUGCGCGGAGUCUCAACAGGACAGUGGCGUAGUCAUGAGCAGGAAUUCCACGACCCAGACGAUCCAUCAGGCAGAUAGGAUCUAUGCCGUCUCAUAGGGUCCGAUGACCCCAUGAGACGUAAAGUCAA